UGUCGCCCCGCAUCGCUCUCCUGCUGCAGUGCGCGUAUAAAGCAGCUAGCCUCGCGGAGACGAGAGGAGGCGUUGCGGCAAGGUCGCGGCAGCAUCACGGCUCAAAUCAUCCCAGAAAACCGCCAUUCACGGAGAUCAUCCGGAUCUUUAGAGUUCCUGUGAGUUAAACGAGUCAAGAGAGCGUCAGAGCUCACACUUGCGAGGAAUUGUGAUCCGAACGCGCGGUUGUUCUCCAUUUGCCGUCGCGCUGCGGCUUUGGAGGGAAGCGCGGCGCGUUUUUUCGGUCUUCCCGUAGCAUCAGUGUCCAGGCGAUUCCAGUCUGACCCAUCCGCAGUAUCCAUUUCAGAAGGUCUCUUCACUUGUCAUGUCGGCGUCACCUCCGCCCGAUGCCGCCGCCACCCAGAGCGAGCUGCUCCCUCCAGCCGAACCUGACGCGCUCAAAGCCGCCGGUCCCACGCCGAGCCAGAGCCGCUUUCAGGUGGAUCUGGUGUCCGAGUCCGCCGGGGACGGGCACGACCCCGGCGCCGGUGGAGAUGAAGCCAAAGGCCGGUUUCGGGUGGUGAACUUCGCGGCCUCUAGUCCGGACGCGGCGCCGGCUGAGAUCGCGCAGAACGGGGACACGGUGAUGAGCGAGGGAAGCCUGCACUCGUCCACUGGCGGCCAGCAGCACCAUCACUACGACACCCACACUAACACAUACUACCUCCGCACCUUCGGUCACAACACCAUCGACGCGGUGCCCAACAUCGACUUCUACCGGCAGACCGCCGCACCUCUGGGCGAGAAACUCAUCAGACCCACCCUGUCCGAACUGCACGACGAGCUCGACAAGGAGCCGUUUGAAGAUGGUUUCGCUAACGGUGAGGAGUUGACACCUGCUGAGGAGGCCGCUGCCAAAGAGGCGUCUGAAUCGAAAGGAGUCGUGAAGUUCGGCUGGAUUAAAGGCGUGCUGGUGCGCUGCAUGUUAAACAUAUGGGGUGUGAUGCUCUUCAUACGCAUGACAUGGAUCGUGGGACAGGCAGGAAUCGCGUAUUCCUGUUUAAUCGUUUUAAUGGCAACUGUUGUGACCUCCAUCACGGGCUGCUCGACCUCUGCCAUCGCAACCAACGGCUUUGUACGAGGAGGUGGAGCAUAUUACUUGAUAUCCCGAAGUUUAGGUCCAGAGUUUGGAGGCUCUAUUGGGCUGAUUUUUGCCUUUGCUAAUGCUGUGGCGGUGGCCAUGUAUGUCGUGGGUUUCGCUGAAACUGUUGUGGAGCUGCUCAAUGCGGCUGGUGCGUUGAUGUUGGAUCCCAUUAAUGAUGUACGUAUCAUCGGCACUAUUACUGUCAUUCUGCUGCUGGGUAUUUCGGUGGCAGGGAUGGAGUGGGAAGCAAAGGCUCAGAUAUUCCUCUUGGUCAUUUUGGUCACGGCCAUAUUCAACUACUUCAUUGGAGCCUUCAUCCCUGUAGAGUCCAAGGAGAAGUAUGGCUUCUUCGGCUAUGAUGCGGGCAUCUUGGCUGAUAACUUUGGUCCGGACUUUCGUGGGGAAACGUUCUUCUCUGUGUUCUCCAUCUUCUUCCCAGCGGCUACAGGCAUUCUGGCUGGAGCAAACAUCUCGGGAGAUCUAGCCGACCCUCAAAUGGCUAUCCCGCGAGGAACUAUGCUGGCGAUCCUCAUCACAGGUGUGGUGUACAUGGGUGUGGCCAUCUCUUCAGGUGCGUGUAUUGUGAGAGAUGCUUCAGGUAUUGAUAGAAACAGUACUUUGAGCGCAACCAUUAACUGCACUGAUGCAGCCUGUAAGUUCGGCUAUGACUUCACUUCCUGUAGACCUACGGUCGAGGGAGCACCGUCACCCUGCAAGUACGGCCUCCACCACGAUUUCCAGGUGAUGAGUGUGGUGUCUGGCUUCAGUCCUCUUAUCACUGCGGGCAUCUUCUCUGCCACCCUCUCCUCUGCCCUGGCAUCACUCGUCAGCGCUCCUAAAGUAUUCCAGGCUUUAUGCAAAGACAACAUCUACCCUGGAAUCGCGGGCUUUGCCAAGGGCUACGGCAAAAACAACGAGCCGCUACGUGGGUAUUUCCUCACGUUUGGCAUCGCUCUGGCCUUCAUUCUGAUUGCGGAGUUGAACAUCAUCGCCCCGAUCAUUUCAAACUUCUUCCUGGCAUCAUAUGCUCUCAUCAAUUUCUCUGUGUUUCACGCUUCACUGGCGAACUCCCCUGGAUGGAGGCCAAGCUUCAAGUACUACAACAUGUGGGUUUCUCUGGCCGGGGCCAUCUUGUGCUGUGUUGUUAUGUUUGUUAUCAACUGGUGGGCGGCACUCCUGACCAACGUCAUCGUCCUGUCGCUCUACAUCUACGUGAGCUACAAGAAACCAGAUGUGAACUGGGGCUCGUCCACUCAAGCUUUGACAUAUCAUCAGGCUCUGACACACAGUUUGCAGCUCUGCGGUGUAGCAGAUCAUAUAAAAACAUACAGGCCACAGUGUUUGGUGAUGACUGGAGCUCCAAACUCACGUCCAGCGAUUCUGCAUCUGGUUCACGCCUUCACCAAGAAUGUGGGUCUGAUGGUGUGCGGUCACGUGCGCAUCAGUUCCCGCAGGCCCAACUUCAAAGAGCUGAACAGUGAUACGUUGCGCUACCAGCGAUGGCUCCUCAACAACAACUCCAAAGCCUUUUACUCCCCUGUCGUGGCUGAAGACCUCCGUCAAGGAACACAGUUCUUACUUCAGGCUGCUGGUCUGGGCAGGUUGAGACCCAACACUUUAGUGCUUGGCUUCAAAAACAGCUGGCGCACUGGAGAUAUAAAGGACGUAGAGACCUACAUCAACGUCAUCCACGAUGCCUUUGAUUUUCAGUACGGUGUCGUCAUUCUCCGGCUCAGAGAGGGGCUGGAUAUUUCUCACAUACAAGGACAAGAUGAUUCUUCGGGUAUGAAGGACGUGGUGGUCUCCGUGGACAUGAGUAAAGACUCAGAUGGAGACUCAUCCAAACCCUCCUCGAAGGCCACAAGUGUUCAGAACAGUCCAGCGGUCCAGAAAGAUGAGGAUGAGGACAGCAAAGCGUACACACAGCCGCUGUUGAAGAAAGAUAAAACCAGCCCGACAGUUCCUCUGAAUGUGGCUGAUCAGCAGCUGUUAGAUGCCAGUCAGCUGUUCCAGAGGAAGCAGGGGAAGGGGACAGUAGACGUGUGGUGGCUCUUUGAUGAUGGAGGUCUGACUUUACUGAUCCCGUAUCUGAUCAACAACAAGAAGAAAUGGAAGGACUGUAAGAUCCGCGUGUUCAUCGGUGGAAAGAUCAACAGAAUCGACCAUGACCGCAGAGCAAUGGCAACUUUGCUCAGUAAGUUCAGGAUCGAUUUCUCGGACAUUACUGUGUUGGGUGACAUCAACACAAAGCCCAAAUCAGAAGGUGUGACGGAGUUUGCUGAAAUGAUCGAGCCGUACAAACUGAGAGAAGAUGACAUGGAGCAGGAAGCUGCUGAGAAGCUGAAGAGUGAAGAACCAUGGAGGAUUACAGACAAUGAGCUGGAGCUGUACAAAGCAAAGAGUAAUCGUCAGAUCAGACUGAAUGAGCUGUUGAUGGAGCACUCGAGCACUGCUAACCUCAUUGUCAUGAGCAUGCCGCUGGCCAGGAAAGGGGCCGUAUCCAGCGCUCUGUAUAUGGCCUGGCUGGACACUCUAUCCAAAGACCUGCCGCCCAUCCUCUUAGUGCGUGGAAACCAUCAGAGUGUGCUCACAUUCUACUCUUAAAGAGCUCACGGCCCGAACCGCACAGACACAUUAACACGCACAUGAACGAGCACACUUUACAAGUCCAGCACCAAUGACUGACGACGAUGAUAAUGAUGAUGUUAGUGAUGCGGACACGGACGCUUUUGUAGCUGCAACACGACCAACUGAAAGCAAGCUGAAACAAACAUACGGUCCUUCCUCAUCCGCGGAGGUCGAGACGAGAGAAAGAUCAACGUCGGCUGGUUUCUUUUGUCUUUGGCUCAAAGGUUUCGAGCACACGUUGUUACACUGAUUGUCGUUAUCAUUGUUAUCAUUUCUUAUGACUGUCACAACUUUUUGAGUUGUGCGUUUUUUCCUCUUUUAAUUUGCUCUUGAUGAAGCAAUAAUCACCUCAUUUCUUCUUUCCUCACUUUGAAGAAAAACACAAAUCUUUGCAACACUUUUAUAGCCUUGUUGAUGUGCCUUCCUGUGCAAUCACAUUUAACUCUUAAACGUUUGCCCUGACUGGUGAUUUAUAAUCAAGUAGAUUUAGAUUGCUUGUUUUUUUUUUUUUAUUGGGUUUUAAAUGUACUCUCCUUUGAUUUUAUCACAGGGUGUUCUGAUGUUUCAUUGAGUACUUUUUUUUUUUUUAUGGUUUGUGCCUUUUUCCUCUGAGUUUUACGUCUUCCUUUUUAGCAUUGAAUUAGUUAUUUUAGCGCAGUGUCCCUCCAUGUUCUCGUUUCAAUGAUCAGCUGAAACUAGAGGUGAUUACAAUCAUCUUUGAAGUAGUCAAAUAUAAAUCAAAGUCAGAACUUCAAACUAUAUUAGUUUUUUCCUUGCGUGCAGUUGAACAGCAUGUGGUUUUGAUAAGAGACGCUUAUGAAUUCGGUCUUACAGGAAGUGAGGCGUCAUAUUUGUUAAAAUCGAUGAGUAACGAUGAACCAAAUAUGAUCAAACCUCUGGAAUUUGAUUCCACAAACAAAUGGAUUCAGCUACAGUGAAGACCUUUGCCUUAACAGUUGAAGUAAUGAUUAUUUUCUUACUUGGCGUCUUUUAAGCCAUACUGGCUAGUUGAUUGAUUAGCGAGUAAAUGCAGAGAGAUUGAUUAGAGAUUGAUUGAUGAACGGAUGCCUAAACUAGAAUUUAAUCUUGGCCAUCAACCCAUUUGUCUUAAUCGCUGCAAACUCCCCCAUUUUUGGAUGAAGUUUUAUUUAAGCAGUCCAGAAUUGUACGUUUGUACCUUGACAUAUAUCCAACAGUGAAUGUCAACAACAUAUUGUUAGUAUCCCCUAAAGAGGCUUUUAAAGCACAACAUCUCAUACAUCAAGGUUGGACUGUUACUGUAACCUGUUUUACAUCCACGGUUGAGUUCAACUUGGGGCUUCCCUGUGCUUUUAUUCUGUCUUCACUGGCCAGUGCUUUUCUGCAGAUAAAGGCCUUAAACGGAGCUCACGGGAUGUCUUGUAGUGUCAUGUCAAGUUCUUUGAAUGAGACCGAUUCGUUCCUCUAUGCAGGUGAAAUCAUGUAAUCUAAAUGCAGAUGGUUCAUUUCUAUUGUUGUCGCUCAGAUUUGAUUCUGUGUAGAAGGCCAUCAAGAGAACUGAUUUCAGAUUGUCCUGUUUCUGAAUGUCGUUUGGUUCAUUCUUCUUCUGAUUGUAAAGCUGGAUGUGACCAGAUGUUCAUUAUGCAGGCCAUGCCUUAGUUUAAACUUUAAGUGUUGGUCAGUAAUAAUCUCCAUCACAUUCACUGCAGCUAAAUACGAAGUGUUCAGAUCCAAUGUUCCGUUACGCUUUUCUUUCCAACACUUUUAUUUGUGAUUAUUUGCAGGCUGUGUGUUGUGCAAUUGCAGAUUUUGUGUAGUUAAGAUUCUUGCGAUUCAUAUCCCUCAAAUUGUGCACCUGAGAAAUAUUCCAUGUGACUGUGUUAGAAUGACUAUAUUCAUAUUUAUAGUUCUCAAUAUAAAUGAGUAUUUAAAAGUACUUAAAUGUCUGUGCGCGCCGCAUGUACUUUUUCUAUUCAAGUGGAUGGUUGGUGAAGCUUCUGAUGAUCUGUUGUGUGUUUGUGUGGCUGUAUAGCACUCUGUUCAACCUAAUAUUGACAAAAUCACCAAAUCAACAUGUACCUGACAUCUUGAAUUAUUAAGAUACUUGUAUAUUUAUAUAGAUAUAGAAAAACAGGAGAGCCAGUCAGUCAGUCAUACCCAUAUAAUGUGUGUUGGUAAGUGGUCAUUACUCAUUGAUGUAUAGAUGCAUCUUGCUGCACUGCAGACGUAGGUUUCCAUACCAUGAGGUUCUUGAAAGGUGCCUCUCAACAGUUCCAAUGUUGCUUUCAGUGUAAGACGAAGCAGGUUUUUUUUUUUUUGACACAACAUUUCUCAUUCUGCAAAGUACAUUUCACUCCACUGUAAAAAUGUGUUGAAUAACAUUAACACACGGUCAACAUCAAUGUUCCCCAACCUCUAACUAUAGUCCACACUGUACUUCCAUACUAACCUGUAAAUAUGUUUUAUCCUAACCACAUUAAUGAAGGGAGUGGAAUAAAAACUGCAAAUACAUAUGGUGAAAAAUAUUUAUUUUAGUUCAUUUCUUUCUUUUAUGUUUGAAAUAGUUUUAAAUUGCAUGUAUAACUUUUUAUUUUAGUAAUUUUCUUAGUCUGCAAGUUCACAUCUUUGGUCUCUGUUUCACUGUUUGGUCACAUUUCUCUCUUUUGUAUGCCUUUUGAAGAAAUGCAACGUCGACCAGUGGUUUGAGUUUCCUGCUAAACCAUUACAGGGGUUCUGUUUGAUCACUCUGGAACAGUAAUAUUUUGAUAUACUGUACUGUUAUUUGUCACAUGUAUGCUUUUUUCUAACAUUUUAACAGUUAAGGGUAUUAAUGCUUUGUACAUCCUUACUGCAAUAUAUAAAAAUAAACAGAAAUGAAA